GGUUUGAGAGUUUCAGGCAAGUUAUUCUGAGAUGCGGUGGUGGGAGAAGCAAAGUAAGAGGAGUGUAAUUGAUCUGUAGCAUUGGACGUACAGUACUCCAAAGCAGUUUGUGGUCUGUAUGUGAAUCAAAUGGGAAAGUUGUCUUUACAAGUUAAAAACGGAAAAAAGUUUAUUCAGCGAUGGAAAUCAUGACUUUCGAAGACUCGCCCCUGGACAGUCUCGAUCCGUCACUUACUCUGAGUGAGCCAAGCGAGAUUGAUGCGGCGCUUCUUAACGAUAUUGAUGAUAUGUUACAGUUGAUCACAAACAAUGAAGGUGAUUUUCCAGGUUUGUUCGAUCACCCUUUCACACAUUUACCAGAUGCUCCAACACCCAUGUUUUCAACACCAAGUACACACAACUCAUCACUUGACAGCUACCUUGGGUUCAGUAAGAAUCUGCCAGUGUCAUCUCCAGCAAAAAUAUACCAGUGUCCCCAGGUAGUGCCUCAGUCAUCAUCUCCAAGUUACCAUCAGCAAAUGCAACCAUCUCAGCAAGCAAGUUCACCUUUGCCUCUGCAGUUACUACCUGUUCAGACAGUCCAUGCCCAGAGUGGAAAGCAUGAUCCAGCUAAGGUCGUCAAAGUCGAGCAGCAGCAGCAGGCAUCACCGUUACAACACCAACAGCAGCAGGCCCAGAUUCAGACAAAACUGCAGCAGCAGGCCCAGAUUCAGACAGAACUGCAGCAGCAGCAACAGCAACAACAGCAGCAGCAGGCCCAGAUUCAGACAAAACUGCAGCAGCAGGCCCAGAUUCAGACAGAACUGCAGCAACAGCAACAACAGCAGCAGCAGCAGGCCCAGAUUCAGACAAAACUGCAGCAGCAGGCCCAGAUUCAGACAGAGCUGCAGCAACAGCAGCAGGCCCAGAUUCAGACAAAACUGCAGCAGCAGGCCCAGAUUCAAAUGAAACUACAGCAGCAGCUGCCAGCCCUUGUAGUGACACCUGCAUUUUCAACAUCGUCUCAGCCCCAGCAGUUCACGCAGCAGUCAUUACUGAGCUACCAGAACCAGCGUAGUGUUAAUGGGGUACAGCAGGGUGUCACAGCUCAGACAGCGCAGAAUAUUGCAACCUCCACUCAGCAGAUCCAGCCAGUGACGAUACAAACGCAGGUCCAGAGCAUCUCUGCUCCACAGCUGUUGACUACUGCCACACCUAGCUACACUCAGGCUAUCACUCAACAGGUCCAGCAGAUGCCCGUCUUGCUACACCCCCAGUUUAUCAAAGCAGACUCUGUGGUUUUAACAGCUGUAAAGACGGACAUCGGUUCUGUUGUAACAGGUGUCAAGACACCAGCUAAUACGACUCUGGCCACCACCACCAGCACUAUACAGACUGCACCGAUUCAAGUCCCGGCAUUAAUGAAUGGAGGAACCUUUCUAGCUACUGUUCCUGUAGUGGUGGAUGCUGACAAAUUACCCAUAAACAGGAUAGCUGCUAACAACAAGACUGCCAACCUGUUCAACAAAGGCGAGAAGCGGACAGCACACAAUGCUAUUGAAAAGCGGUACAGGUGCUCUAUCAAUGACAAGAUAAUUGAACUGAAGGAUCUGGUGGUAGGAAAGGAUGCAAAGCUGAACAAGUCUGCCAUCCUGAGAAAGGCAAUUGAUUACAUCCGAUUCCUACAGCAUACAAACCAGAAACUCAAGCAGGAGAACCUGACCCUUAAGAUGGCCACCCAGAAGAACAAAUCCCUGAAGGACUUGGUUGCUGCAGGCACAAACUUGGAAACAUCUGGAGAUGGAUUCAAAUCUGAAGCUAUGGAUGUACUUACUCCACCUCCAUCUGACAUUGGGUCACCUUCUCUGAGUAGUCCAUUCUCCAGUUUCAGCAGCAGUGACUCUGAACCUGACAGUCCUGCCUUUGAUGAUGAUAAGAUACAGGUGAAACGGGAGUUGUCUUCUCCUGUCAGCCUUGGGAUGAUGGAUCGCUCCAGGAUGGCUUUGUGUGUUUUUGUCAUUUUUUGCCUCUCGUUCAACCCCCUGGGACUGCUGAUGGGUGGUGGUGUGUCCAGCAGAGCUGCAGAAACUGCAGAUUACCACAGCUCUGGCAGAAACAUUUUAGGAGUGGACACCUCUGGUAGUUCCUUCGGCUGGAUCGAUUGGUUACCCACACUGUUCCUUUGGUUGGUAAAUGGCGGUAUUGUCUUUGCAGUAUUCAUACGACUAUUUGUUUAUGGGGAACCAGUUACACGGCUACAUUCGGAGUCCUCAGCCUUGUUUUGGAAACAUCGAAAACGGGCUGCUGUUGACCUUUCCAGGGGUGACUUUGCUCAGGCAACUCAGAAUCUCUGGACAUGCUUGAAAGCUCUGGGACGACCCCUGCCCACAUCGAAUUUCGACAUGGCAUGUAGUUUAAUGUGGAAUAUAAUUCGGCAUGUUCUUCAGCGGCUUUGGAUAGGGCGCUGGUUUGCUGCUUGGGCUGGUGGCUUACGAAGAGACAAAGACAUGAAGGAAGAUGCUCGUAAGAGCUGCCGGUAUGCAGCUUUAGUUUACCACAAACUCCACCAACUGCAUAUGACAGGCAGGUAUGGAGGCAGCCAUCUUUCUGCGGUCAACAUGGCUUUGAGUGCAGUCAAUCUAGCAGAAUGUGCUGGUGACCAAAUCUCUGCUGCUAUGUUAGCGGAAAUUUAUGUUGGAGCAGCACUUCGUAUCAAAACCAGCCUCUACAGUUGUUUUCACUUCAUGGCAGUGAGUACGUGGCUAUCAGAUGUGCCACUUUUUCAGUUUCACGGUUGUAUAUUACCUUUUUUGGAAAUUACCAGUAACAUUUUUAGUGUAAGCACUAUGGUUAACAGUUUCUCAUGUUGCUGCUGUUCCCUUGCUGUACAGCAUAGAAGUCCUGCAGAAGAUAUGCAAAAAGCAAAGAGGACAUUCUUUGUCAGUGUUCCUUAUUUAAUUCUCUCUGUCUUAGAUGAUCCACUUGCUCAGGUGACUCAGGCAUUCCGAGAGCAUCUUUUGGAGAAAGCCUUGUACUGCAUUGCUAAACCAGAGAGCGGCAAACUACCUGCCAAGGGAGAGGGUGAGUUCUCUGAGGCGCUGGAGUAUCUUCAGCUUCUGAACGGAUGUUCUGACAGUGCCAGUCCCACAGCGCAAACUUUCUGCUUCACACCAGACACGUUGGAUGUGAUUGGUACCGACCCUUUGGCAAAAUGGUGGGCAUCUCUAAUUACUGUUGCUAUUAACUGGCUACAAGGGGAUGAUGCAGCAGCUGAAAGACUUUAUCCAUCAGUUGAGCAGAUGCCAAAGAGCCUGCACACAGCAGAAAACCCUUUGCCAAAAGCUGCACUGUUUGCAUUUAAGGCGGUACAUGCAUCUUUCUGGAAGCAGGACAGCUGUCAAGUGAGCAUGGCAUAUUGCGAGAAGGCUGGCAGUUACCUAAGAGAUAGCCUAAACGUAGCUCCACCCACCAGCAACAACAUAGACAAGGCUGUCCAGCUGUUGCUGUGUGACCUGCUGCUGGUGACUCGAACCAGCCUUUGGCAGGAACAGAUGAACCUAAGUCAGUCAAGGAACUGUGUUUACCAAGCAUCUCCACUGGAACUUCGAGGCUUCCAGCAAGAUCUGAGCAGUCUGCGCAAACUAUCUCAGACGUUUCGUCCAGCUUUGAGGCGGACGUUCCUGCAUGAAGCCACAGCCAGACUGAUGGCUGGAGCCAGUCCAACCAGAACACACCAGCUGUUAGAUCGAAGUUUGCGGCGGAGAGUCACACAGAGCAGUCAUGGAGUUGGAGACUUGGAGACACACCCUGGUCAAAGAGAACAUGCUGAAGCCCUCCUGUUGGCAUGCCGCUAUCUUCCUCCCACCUUUCUGUCAGCACCGGGACAGCGAGUGGGCAUGCUUGCUGAAGCUGCUCGGACCUUGGAGAAACUUGGUGAUAAGCGAACGCUCCAUGACUGUCAACAGAUGAUUAUGAAACUUGGCAGCAGCAGUACUGUUGCUUCUAGUUAGAAGCAUUAGCCUUACCCAGGAUAAUCCAUUUUACACGGCUCCCCCUGCUGAGUGGCUAACUGCCUGAAUCAAAGAAAAGGCAACGGCUUCAGUAUUUAGAGACAAAAGAAACUACAUACAAGCCUUUCCAGUUUCAAAUCUACUGAUCCCUCUCAGACUUUUGGCAUACUUGCAGGAGUGAAAGAAACUGUGAUGUCCAGGCAUCCUCCACUAUCUCUUUCUUCUCUUUGGACCUAAUGUUGAAAUAAUAUGUCCACCUGGUGUCUUUAUAGAAUCUUUUCACAUCUCAAGCAUUUCCACAGAUAUGACUUUCUCACUCUCUCUUGUCUGGCAAAUAUUUGCAGUGAGAUUUUGUCAUCUCUGUGUAAAAGCAGACUAUGUUCCUAGUACCUUGAUAGUGGCACUUUUCCCAUAUAAACCUACAGACUUUGUAUCAACACAUAUUUUUUUGUUGGAACCAUGCAGUGUGUAACUAGUGAGAUGUUUGAUUUGUUGGUACUGUAUUUGGGCUUGAGAAAUCCUGGUUGAUAGUCAUAUCAGCCUGGCCAGGAUGCGUUUUGGCUUAGUGCUGUUAGGUACUUCCAGAUUUUCUUGGUGUCCUGAGCUCACCAAGUGUAUCGAAGUCUCCCUCAUAUGUUUUAAAAAUGCCCCUAGAGCAUGAGGAAUGGUAGUUUGGUGAUGCAACCUAUUGUGACGAGUAAUGGGGUAUCUUAAUGUCAUGGGAGCUAGUGGCACAGUAUUUGGAAAUGUGGCUGUAAACUGAAGUUUCCUGGCCAAAGUUUCCACGAAAGGAGUGGUUUUAUGUGAUGAAAGUCUGCUUUUGAAGAGACUAAAAUGUUAAUUGAAUAACCUGAGACUUGGGCUGACUGAUUUUCUUAGUUUUAAAAUGUGGAAUAAUAUCUCAACUGUUGUCUGUCAUGUCACUCUUUGGCAUCAAAGAAUGUGGCUUCUUGUUGGGCUGGGUCACCAAUGUAACACACACUGCUGACAGCAUGAGUUGAAGUGGCAGGCCCACUGACACAGAAGUAAGGUGUCUCUAUGGCAGCUGGACUUCAGGCUGCUGAGCUUAGGGUGCCAGUAGGGUUGAUCAUUACUCAUGGUUAGCAUGUGGUAACAAGUGGGAUGUGUGUGCAUGUAUUUGAGAUCCAGAGAGGAGAUGGAUACUGCUUCAGGGAUGAAUGGCAGAAGGAACUCACAGCUGAUGCAUUUUGCAUCACUCACCACAUUUUACUGGCUCAAGUGGGGGAUACAAAAGAAAAGAAAGAAAAAUGGCUCUUAAAAGACUAUCUUUAAAAAUAAAUAAUGAAAAGGGGCUGUUAAAAGAAUUUCUAAUUGGCUAACCACAACUUAUAGAAAGUAGGACUUUCUGUCACAAGCUAACCAAAGUAAUGUGCCUGGGUUUUUGUAUACAGUAACCAAAAAAACAUGUUCCAUGUUGAGGAAAUUUCCUUCUCAAGGGUGUGUGCGUGUGUGUGUGUGUGUGUCUUUGUGUGUGUGUUUUGUGGGUUGUUCAGCUUGUCCUUGGGUGUUGGUGUGCAAGCUCAGCUGAAUGAUACAGAACUGCAUGUGUGCUGAGGAGGGAGGGAGGAAUUGUCACCAUGUUCAAGGAAGUGUCACUUUAACAGGACAGUAGUAGCGUAUCACAAAAACAAUUAAAUGGUUUUGCACAGUGAUUUUCUGAAGUCUAAUUGUGACAUAUAGUGUAAAAUAUGAUGUCCUUCUAGUCAUCUGUUGCAGUAUUUAUUACAUGAAGGAGUUCCCUGCCAUAGGCGACCUGCCGUCAGCCAGUAUGCAAAAGACUUUUAUUACUGUAAGGUAUGUGGUACGUCGCACGUAGGCUGUGAUCAGACAUCAUCCGUAAAAGUGACGCACACACGCACCAUCCUCAGAACUUCUCUAUCACUAGAUGGUUCUUAAACCACUACCCUGAAUUUUUUUUUAGUGUUUUUUUUAAAUCAGUGUUUUUGUCCACACUUGCAACAGGGACUGUUGCCAGGGUUUUACUUUUUCUUCACUGGAUUGCUGUGAAACACGUCAGUUGAGUUACAUCAGUGUUUUUAUACCAACAUGUGUGCUAUGAGUGUACUUGGUUUAAUUCAUUCAGGCCAAGUCAUUUAUUAAAAUGAUUGCAGGAAAACAUUUGGUACUGAAGUAAUGAACUGAAAAGGCAUGCAUAUGUCUUUUUAAUUCCUGCCCUUUAUUUAGUUUUAAAUGUGCCCAGAUUUAGAGCAUGUUCAUGAACCUGAUUUUUGUAGCAGGACUUCCUCUGACUUCCUUUAUUUCACAGUUGCCUAAAUAUCUACCCAGUUUCCCCAAAAUGAGUAUUUUAUGUGCCAUUGAGAUUAGGAACUGAAGUACAGAGGACUGAUUUAUUUAAAAAAAUGAUUUCAUUAAUAUUGUUGGAGUUUAGAAAACACUUCUUACAGGUUUUCGAACUGCAGAGAUGAAACUUCAAACAAAGGCAGAUCAAGUAUUUAUGUAAUUAUUAUAAUUAUUUAUAGUGUGUGUGUUGUUGUUCCUUGCCUGCUGGAGUUCACUGCUGGUACAGGGGAUAAUUUUUUCAGAAAACGUCAGACAUUUUCUUACCACAUCCUUCCUAAGAUGUCGAAUUGGAUGCACACAGAUUAUUCCGUUUAGAUAAUCGAGCCUGUUGUCACAAAUUUGAGCUUGCUUGUGUUGACAAAUCCAAGAAGAGGCCUCAGGCAUGCGUACAUCAAUUAUGCAUAUAUUUCUUAUGCUUUGGGGGGGUUUGGGUGUCUUUACCUUGUGGGGGUGAUCCCAACUAGUUGCCUUGUAAAUAUUUUACUGACUCCUGUACUAUAAACUGCACUAGCCUUAUUUUCUGGGCUUUUUGUUUUUCAAAUUAAAAAAAAUGUAUAUGUAUAAUUUUACUUUUCAAACAUUAUUUUCAUAGUUUAAUAAGAUAUUUUGUACAGACAAUAGAAGACCUAUUUAUAAUUUUUUAAGGAAUGUUUUUGAAGCAGUAAAAAUUAUAUUUCAUAGACUGAUGUCCUUUUGCUUUGCCCAGGAUCUUUUUUUGUAUGGGUUGAAGCAAAGACCGAUUACAUUUUGGAUGUUUUAAGUUGCUAAACAAAACGGUACUGGACUGUAAUUUUGAUUUUAGAAAAAAAAAGUAAGAACUUUUUAAAAAUAAAAACAAAAAUAGUAUUA